AUGUCAUCACCGAGGAAGAGGCGGAAGUCUGGCCACGGCCCUGAGAGGCGGCCCUCGCCCUCCCCUGGUCCACCUAGAGGGUCCACAGGCGGCAGUAUAGCUCGAAUGACUAUCAAGAUGCUGAAGGAGGAGUUGACCAGAGAGGGCAUUGAUUUCUCAAAGUGUGUCGAGAAGUCGGAACUAGUAGACAAGCUGAGGAGGGCUCGGCAGGGAAGGACACACCCUUCUGCUAGGGGCUCGGCGGCCCCCGCGGGGUCACAGGAGCUCCGUCCGCCCCGCAGAUCUCUAAGGCUUAGUCAAGCGGCUGCGUUGCAACCGAAGGCCGUACUGAAGUCUCCAUUGAUGGUGGAGUUGGAAAGAAUAGAGGGCUUGCCGUCGUCGGCGAAGGCGAUGCAAGUACUUGGUCUGACGAAGCAACCGUGUACCGUUGGGGAGGUUAAGAAGAAGCUCAGGGCCCUGAGUAAAGUGCUCCAUCCGGAUAAGACCGCUAAUGAGCCCCACCUUAGGGGCAGGGCGAGCGCGGCCUUCCAGCGUAUCAACUCCGCAGCCCAGGAGGCUAUCAAAUUGCUCGAGGAGGCGACUACUGCCCCGCCGGGAAGAGUCCAACAAUUGACCUAUCAUAUGGAGGGGGAGGUGCUGAUAGUCCAAUGGCGACCUCCUACUGACGUCACCUCUGGUACAACUCCUAUCGAGCAAGGCGUGGUCAAUGCCCAAGGGUCGACUACUGAUGAGGGAUGGGUUGAGUGUGCCAUAUCAUCACAGGGUCGGAAGGGCAAUGACAUUCUAUUUCGAAGGCAACAGUUCCACGUAUCGGGGACCACCGAGAGCGAAACCAUCCCUACUGGGGGCAGUAAGAGGACAAUACUGUAUUAUGUGAUCGUGACCGCUCUUAUUGCGAUGUUUGCUAUGUUAUCUGCCCUCCUAGUGCUAGUGGUCUCUCCUGAGGUCUCGGCCUUCAUCAGUCUACAUGCGGGAUCCCUCUCGUCCAAGCUGGCGUCAUUGUUGACAUCAUUCAAAAUGGCUGUUGAUGAGCUGUGA